UCUAACGUGGCAGAAUCUGGUCGGCUACUGAUGUUACAGUGGUUCUAAGAGAAACCUUCUUUCACGAUCACUCCCUUGCAGCUAAGCUUGCAACACCAAAAUGGCGGCCUCUUCCUCAACUUUCACUCGAAACCCUACUUCCAUUGCCACCUCCUUCAAUUCCAAACUCUCCCUCUCUCUCUUCUCUCCUCGCUCUAUUAAGCUGCCCUACAUUCAUCCACAACCCAUCAUCAAACCCCUUGGCUCCCACGCGCGGCCGCUCCCCGUCCUACGCGCCACCGCUACUCCCUCAGCUGAGUCCACCAACGCAACCACGUUCCAUGGAAUCUGUUACGUUGUUGGCGAUAACAUCGAUACCGACCAGAUCAUCCCCGCCGAGUACCUCACUCUUGUGCCCUCGAACCCGGCCGAAUACGAGAAGCUUGGUUCCUAUGCCCUAAUUGGCCUCCCGGCCUCUUACGAGACCCGGUUCAUUGAACCGAACGAAAUGAAAACGAAAUACUCAAUAGUUAUUGGUGGCGAUAAUUUCGGGUGUGGUUCAUCGCGUGAGCAUGCGCCGGUUUCUCUUGGUGCUGCUGGAGUUGCGGCUGUGGUUGCAGAGUCUUAUGCUCGCAUCUUCUUCAGGAACUCGGUGUCCACCGGAGAGAUAUAUCCCCUGGAAUCGGAGGUUAGGAUUUGUGAGGAGUGCAAAACUGGGGAUGUGGUGACUAUUGAGCUUGCGGAGAGUCGCUUGAUUAAUCACACUACUGGCAAGGAAUACAAGCUGAAGCCCAUUGGGGAUGCCGGGCCGGUGAUUGAGGCCGGGGGCAUUUUCGCCUACGCAAGGAAGACGGGGAUGAUCCCAUUACAAUCCGGCUAGAAUUGAGGCUCUAUCUCUGCCCGCUUUUAUUAUAUACCCUUGCAUAUUGGCUUCUUUUUGGUAGAUUUUUCACUCAAUAUUUAUAUUGUUUGUUGUUGCAGGCACUUUGUGCUAUGAUCAGUGCUGGCUAGAUUCACAGACUAGCGGUCGCGUAGUUUAGUUGCUGAGUUCUCCUAGUUCUACUUGUGUAUUCAAAUGCAAAGCUUGUCAUGUAGGAACAUUUCAUGUUUGGAAGCAGUUGAAUGUAUCAGGGCCUAAGUGAGUGAUGCCAGAGUGAUCAUUUUGUUGUUCUAGUGAUUUCAGGUUGUUGAAGCUCAAGUUGGUGACUUGUUUCUUCUAUUUUGCUAGUUAUGUUGCCGCAGCCAUGUCAAAAUAAACAAUGAUAUUUUAAUAAUUUAAUAUUGUUUAAGUUACAUAUGUAA